UCCGCGGUGCCGCCGCCAUGCAGAAGUCGCGGGAGAUGCGGGACGAGCUCCCCGAGGAUUUCUACAUCCCCAUGAGCCUGGACACGCCCAACGUGACGGCGCUGAGCCCCUUCCUGGUACCCCAAACCCACCUGGGCAGCCCCGGCAUCUUCAAGGCCAUGGCGGCCUUCAUGUUCCUGCUGGUGGUGCUGGGCGUCCCCAUCAACGCGCUGACCGUGGUAUGCACGGCCAAGUACAAGAAGCUGAGGUCGCACCUGAACUACAUCCUGGUCAACCUGGCGGUGGCCAACCUGCUGGUGGUGUGCGUGGGCUCCACCACGGCCUUCUACAGCUUCUCCCAGAUGUACUUCGCCCUGGGGCCGCUGGCCUGCAAGAUCGAGGGGUUCACGGCCACGCUGGGCGGGAUGGUGUCCCUGUGGUCACUGGCCGUGGUGGCCUUCGAGCGGUUCCUGGUCAUCUGCAAGCCCCUGGGCAACUUCACCUUCCGGGGCAGCCACGCGGUGCUGGGCUGUGCCAUCACCUGGAUCUUCGGCCUCAUCGCCUCCGUGCCCCCCCUCUUCGGCUGGAGCAGGUACAUCCCCGAGGGGCUGCAGUGCUCGUGCGGCCCGGACUGGUACACGACGGACAACAAAUGGAACAACGAGUCCUACGUGAUUUUCCUCUUCUGCUUCUGCUUCGGCUUCCCCCUGAGCGUCAUCAUCUUCUCCUACGGGCGGCUGCUGCUCACCCUGCGAGCGGUGGCCAAGCAGCAGGAGCAGUCGGCCAGCACGCAGAAGGCGGAGCGCGAGGUGACCAAGAUGGUGGUGGUGAUGGUGCUGGGCUUCCUGGUGUGCUGGCUGCCCUACUGCUCCUUCGCGCUCUGGGUGGUGACACACCGGGGACACCCCUUCGACCUGGGGCUGGCCUCCAUCCCCUCCGUCUUCUCCAAGGCCUCCACCGUCUACAACCCCGUCAUCUACGUCUUCAUGAACAAGCAGUUCCGCUCCUGCAUGCUCAAGCUCGUGUUCUGCGGCCGGAGCCCCUUCGGGGACGACGACGACGUGUCCGGCUCGUCCCAGGCCACGCAGGUGUCCUCGGUGUCCUCCAGCCAGGUGUCCCCGGCGUAGGGCCCGGCCCCACGGCGGGGCUGCCCCACAGCAGGCUCAGCCCUAGAGUGAGCUCUGCCCCACAGCGGGCCCGACCCAGCCAGGGCUGCCCUACACCGGCCUUGGCCCUACACCAGGCUCAGCCCUAUAUGGAUCUCUGCCCCACACCGGGCUCUGCCCCACACUGGGCUCGGCCCUAUAUGGAUCUCUGCCCCACACUGGGCUCAGCCCCACAUUGGGCUCUGCCCUAUAUGGAUCUCUGCCCCACACCGGGCUCGGCCCCACACUGGGCUCGGCCCUGUAUGGGGCUCAGUCUCACAGUUCUGCCCUGUGGAGGGCUCGGCCCCAUAUCAGACUCAGCCCCAUAUUGGGCUCUGCCCCACAUCGGGCUUGGCCCUAUAUCGAGCUCUGCCCCACAUCGAGCUUGGCCCUAUAUUGAGCUCUGCCCCACACUGGGCUUUGCCCUAUAUGGAGCUCUGCCCCACACUGGGCUUGGCCCUAUAUCGAGCUCUGCCCCACAUUGGGCUUGGCCCUAUAUCGAGCUCUGCCCCACACCGAGCUUGGCCCUAUAUCGAGCUCUGCCCCACAUUGGGCUUGGCCCUAUAUCGAGCUCUGCCCCACAUCGGGCUUGGCCCUAUAUCGAGCUCUGCCCCACAUCGAGCUUGGCCCUAUAUCGAGCUCUGCCCCACACCGAGCUUGGCCCUAUAUGGAGCUCUGCCCCACACCAAGCUUGGCCCUAUAUCGAGCUCUGCCCCACACUGGGCUUUGCCCUAUAUCGAGCUCUGCCCCACACCAAGCUUGGCCCUAUAUCGAGCUCUGCCCCACA